AUGUGGCGCCCACGUCGAUCUUUGCGCCUCUCCAGCCGCUACUCUGCUCCGUCUGCCUCUCAUACCUCUCGAGAUCCACUCACAGCGUCUCUCUCGUCCGCUGGCGCUCGCCACAAUGUCACGUCCUUUGAGUCUCUUUGCCACACUUUCAGAGCAGUUGAGCGCGUUCGGAGCUCCCGGGUGACCAGCGCGCGGAUAUUGGCGCACGGGUAUCGUCAGCUGCUGUCGCUUCCGACGGCGCAGGAGCUCGCGAGCGCUUUGUACCUCACUGCGUCGCAGUUGGCGCCGCCGUACGAAGGCGUGGAGCUCCAGUUCGGGGCCAAGAGCUUUGUCAAGAUGCUGAAGCCAUUGGAAGCGCCACUGGAAGAACAGGUGGCCAACUCGACGCAGACGCUCGAGCAGGUGCUGGCGUCGUUUCCGGACUAUGGACUGGCCGUGCACGCGCUGCUGGACAACGGACGAGUUGCUCUGCCGGCAUUAAAAGAGACGGACAGUGAGCUGCGGAUUCAGGCGGUGCAUGCCGAGCUGAUGGCGAUGGCACAGGACGAAGGAGCUGGAAAAGUUGCAAGACAGCAGCAACGUGCACUGAAGCUGCUUCAGCAGUGCAGAGGGUCCGAGGCACGCGUUUGUCUCGUUCGAAUGCUGGCGCAUCAAAACCUGCGCAUUGGAAUGGGCGAAAAGUCGAUUCUCUUAGCUCUUGCAAUGGCUAGCACGCCGCUAAGUGAAGACAGUGCUCAGGGGCUCGACGAUGACACACGCUCAGCACAAGAAAAAGAUUGGGUGGACUGCGUGACGCUAGCAUACGCGCAACAGCCCAACUACAGUACGCUGGCUCAGCUGGUACAUAGUAGCCAGCACGAAAGCGAUCUCAAACAGAGGAUGGAAUGGCUGCGCAAUGAAACUCGUCCCGCGACGGGUGUCCCCGUGCUGACCAUGUCUGCGUACCCCACCUCUAGCGUCGAGGCAGUCUUGGAUCGCAUUGCCAAGUCAGCAGAUCGCACGGCCACUUGCGAAUACAAAUACGAUGGUGCACGUGUUCAAGUACACCUGUCGCUGGCCGACGAUAGCCGUAAACAGUCCGUCCGGCGUAUUUUCAGCCGAAACAUGGAAGACGUUACAGAGCGUUUCUCGUCUCUUUUGGACGUACUAGAGAUGCGCGUGAAAGCCCGCGGUGUGGAAGUGCAGGGGUUGUGUUCGGUGGAUUCACUAAUCGUUGAGGGAGAGGUCGUUGCGCUGGAUCGGGUCACUGGGACUUUUCGUCCAUUUCAAGUACUGCAGACGAAAACCACGACCGAGUUCUGUUUGUUUUUGUUUGACGUACUUGCUGUCAAUGACAAGAGUCUUCUCCAGAAACCUCUCCGUAGUCGACGAGCGUUAUUGCGCGCUCUUCUUGAAGAGGAACCUGGUUAUAUCGAGUUUGUAGAGCACGUGGACAUCAGCGUAGCAUCUUGUGACGGUACAAGGAAUGGACCAGCUCUCGCGCGAAAGUGCCUCGCGAAAGCAGUGGCGAGUGGAUGUGAGGGGUUGAUGAUCAAGCUGUUGGACGGUGAAGAGUCACAGUACAAAGCUGGGCGAAGGUCGUACGCCUGGAUGAAGCUCAAGCACGACUACAUACGGGAUGAACCUGCUCGACGCAAGAAGAAAUCUGCUGUUGUGAAUGCCCGUGACAAUGGCACGUUCCUAGCUGAUACGCUGGAUUUGGUGCCCAUUGGCGCAUUUUACGGCAAAGGUAGACGUGCAGGGGUGUUUGGCUCGUUUCUCAUGGCAACGUACAACUCCACAAGCGGCAAAUUCGAGACUAUCGGAAAGGUUGGCACGGGCUUCUCGGACGCUAGCCUGAUCGAAGUAGCAGCGCACCUUCGAAAACUGGUUUUGCCCGCGACCGAGUGUGUGCCAGAGCAGUAUUGGUCAUGUGCCAUUCGGAGCAGUCAUCCUGACGUAUGGCUCUCACCGGAGGAAGUGUGGGAGAUCAAAGCUACUCAGCUGACGGAAUCUUCUUCGUACACUUGUGGCGCUAGCACGAGCGCUGACUCGGUCGAUGCUGCAACUCCUCGAAAGGGACUAGCGCUUCGUUUUCCUCGCUUCAUUCGGUUUCGACCAGAUAAGAAACCUGUGCAAGCAACGGAGAGCGAGCAAGUGGCGGAGCUCUUCCAACAGCAGCAACAACGAAACCAUAUCGACUAG